AUGUCACUAGAGUCAAUGACCACUCCACUUCACCUUUUAGUAUUUAAAGGAGAAAUACCACCAGACGAAAUGGACUAUUCUAAUAUUAACACAUUUGAUAUUUUUGGUAUUCCAGUGUUACACUAUGCAAUACACACUCAAAACAUUUCAAUAGUCAAGACUUUACUAUUACACGGCGCUGAUCCACUUCUAAGAAACAAGAAUGGGUUUAAUGCAUAUCAAGAGUCUGUUUGUACUCGAAAUAUCGAAUUAAUCACACUUUUAUAUGAAGAGACAUACAAUUUCUAUGACGCUAUAUACUCAAAACGUGUCAUAGAUGGCAUCGAUACUUUGGAAAAGAUGGACGACUUCCAAAUGACUAUUCACUGGGAAUUGCAGACGUGGAUCCCUCUCGGGACUUAUCUUCUUCCUUCUGACGACAAUUUAGCACGAAAACGAAGUCACAAUCUCCGCUUUGAUAUGGGGAUAAUAGGGUUUGAGAAUUAUAAUAUCAAACGUGGGAGAGGUUCUUUAUUUUUCUUUGGUGAAGACAAAGGACGAUGGAAAAAGGGAGAAGUUUUCUUUGUGAAUCAUGACGAACACACAGUCGAGAAAAUGUGCGGGAGAGGCAUCCGACGCAAACUUAAAGUGAAAGAAGUAUUACUAACAGAUGUGACAACGAUGAGAACAAACUUCGUUUUGAACUGUGAAAGAGCAAAGAAUAUGUGGGGAAAUGACAGAAAUGAAAGUGUCAAUGGAAUAGAGUGCAGAGUGUUUGAUGUGACUCCUUUGUCUGUAAAUCUCGUUACAAGAGAAAUCCCCACAAAUAGACCAAUUUUGCCUAAGAUAUUUUCAGACUCCAUUUAUUCUCAAAAAGAAAAAUGGGAUACAAAGAAUAUCCUUCUUGGCAAUGGAGAAAAGGAGGUUUAUCGAAAGAAAACUAAUGGAGCUGAGUUGUGGGUUGGUAAAGGUGCUAUCCAACUUUCUCAAUUCAGAAUUUUAACUGGGUUUUUAGAACGAAAUUUUGACGACUAUAAGAAGUUCGAAGAUUUCUUUGAUAAAAAUGGGCUGACUGACGAUGACGGAUUUCCAGUACAACUCAAAAUACCUUUGGCUCUUUCUUUGAGUCUUGUGUUGAACAUCAAAAACUACUCCAAGGUUCAACCAGAGGAAAGUGUCUUUGACAUUCCCGAUGAUUACACUUUCGUUAACAAUUCGACGGAGUGA